AUGGCCUCCAGAUCCCCGGUUUCUGCCGUAUCGCAACAGCAAAAGAUCUCGUCCACACCCGACAUAGCUCCGACAUCUCCGCAGCCAUCAGCAAUCCUACCAACAGGACCACAAGCAGCAAUCCCAUUCCCGUCUCCACAGACCUUUGAUUUCAUACCACCCUUGCACGCGCUAAUACUACGCUUACAUUCGUCGACGAAUACAUCUGCGUCUACUGCGGCGGCAGGUGCGGUUACCAGUCAAUCCACCAUCGGCGGGAAUGCCUCGGUUGAAGGAGUCGUCGCAAGUCAAUCGGAAGCAGGCUUACAGACACAACCGCAAACACAAACACAACAAAAACAAUCCCAAUCUCAACUGAAAUCUCAACUACCGCUCGGCGGCGGCGGUGCGACAGACUCCGCAACACCAUCCUCAUCAUCCAACCUGCCCCCCCUCGAAGCAAAAGAUCUCUUCACAGCUGCAAGCGCGGUUCGAAUACGGAUUCAAAAGGCGCGCGCCAUUGUGGAGAGUUUGCCGGAUGUUGACCGGACGACGGAGGAGCAGGAUGAUGAGAUUGAGGAGUUGGUAGCGCGAAUUGCGAGUUUGAGGGGUGUUAUUGCUGAUUUUGGGCGGAGGGCUGGUAUGCAGCAGACCAUAGAGGUCGAUAAGAUGGAUGUUGGUGUUUGA